CAAUAUUAUGUUUGUUAUUUUUACUAUAUCAUGGAUUUGCACACGUAUUGGUAUUUUUCCAUUCUCGAUAAUUUAUAGACCUAAUAUAAGUGGCACAAUAAAAUAGAAAAUGUAUAAAAAUAAGAUACAGUAAAACCUGUUUUUGUGCCGUCCUUUUUUAUGCGAUUUUUUUUUGUGCGAUCUUUUUUUUAUGCAAUUUUUUUCGUGCGAUUUUUUUUAUGCCGUAUAUGAAUCUCAGCGGCGUUGGCACUAGUUUAAUGUUUCCUAUCAGUGUACAUAUACAUGUAUGGACAAACCCUUACUACGUGGACUCCUUGACGAUAAAGGAAUUUAAUACAAUCACUGGAUCAGGGCAUAAUCGCAAAGGAAAUCGAAAAGGAGUAUUUUUAAUAAAAAGUCUAUGUCUUGUAAAAGUUUGGUGUAAAUUUUUUUAAUUCAGUAUUAGAUUGUACUAUUAAUAAGUAAAUAAAAUAGAGUUUCUAGCAGUGGACGCAGUGGCGAUGGUGGAAUAAUAGGAAGAAAGGUUGUAAAUAUGAUUAGUGGAAUAUCGGUGUCAGUGAAAAAUUCAGUUACUCAAUUAAUCGGAGAUGUUAAUGAAAUUUUAUUGGUUGUUAAAAGCUAAAAAUAAUAAAUACCAUAUAUUGAAAUAGUUGAACAAAAGUGCUUAAAAUAGUAGCGCCCUUCCGUACCCUGUAUAUAUAUAAAAUGUUUGUUCAUAUUACUUUUUUCGCAAACUACAAUUUAUCAUCAUAUUUAUCUUACGUGUAUCGAAUGUUGAAUUAUUCAGUAUUGUUAGAGAUAAGUCUUCAAAAAAAUAAUUGUUGUUUUUAAUCUUACUUGAUAAAUAAUCGCAAAAAACUGGUUAACUUGAUUAUACAUAAACAAGUAAAUGCGUUGGAAACCUGUAUUCCUUAGUUCAUGAUUAAAAUGCUUCAAAGAAAUGUUAAUAAACUACUUAAUAGUAUUUACGCUUGUGUGAUAAAGUGUCAAAGAUAAAGCCAAACAAAAACUAGGCGAAGAAAGAGAAUUUUUGCAUAUUCGCUUUAUAUAUAUAAAUAAGAAUAUUUAUACAAGAGAAGUCUUCAUAUUCCUACAAUAUUGUUAUUGUUUCUUUCUUAUAAUUUGUUAAAUUUCUAUGAUAUUAAGUUAAGUUUUCGAUAAACUAAAAUGUUUUUAUUAAAUUUAUUGAUAAAGGCAAUUAUUUUUUUACUGAGUUGCAACUUAGUAAUUUCUAAAGAAUGGGAAAGUGGUUUGCGUGAAAGAUAUGACGGAUAUGGAGAAGAUUGGAUAUUUAUGCCAGAUGGAAAUGGUUUACCUCAAGUAGCAAUAUUAAAGUACGAGGAUAAUGCGAGAAAUAUUCUUGAUAAUAAACACAUUUCUUAUAUUCUCUACACACGGUUUGGUCCAGAAAAUGGUACAAAACUUAUGAUUAAUGAUACUGCAGGACUUCUCAAUUCAGAUUUUAAAGCAUCACGAAAAACAAAGUUCAUAACACAUGGAUGGAAGUCCAGUUCAAUGAGUUCCGGUUUUAUAAAUAUGAAGGAAGCUUACUUGCAACAUGAUGAUUAUAACAUCAUUCUUGUUGACUGGGAACCUUUAGCAGCAAGUACCUUUUAUCUUGGUCCUAUGCAAAAUACCGUUAGUGUAGGAAAGGAUGCUGCUAAUUUUAUCGACUUUCUGGUCUCAGAAACUGGUUUAAGAGUCGAAGAUGUCCACUUCCUUGGUCAUUCUUUGGGUGCACAUGUUGCCGGUAAUGUUGGAAGUGCAAUAACUUCUGGUAAAUUAGGAAGAAUUACUGGAUUUGAUCCAGCUUUGCCCGGAUUCCAUCUGCUUACUUCUGAUAAGACUCGUUUGGAUUUAACUGAUGCAACAUUCGUUGAUGUGAUUCAUUCUUGUGGUGGUAUUCUAGGAUAUCUACAACCUGUAGGUAAAGUUGACUUUUAUCCAAAUGCAGGAACGGCAGUUCAGCCUGGUUGUUGCUGCGUUCCAGAAGUCAUGGAAGCAUGCAGUCACGGACGAUCUUACAUAUACUUUACAGAAAGUAUUAAUUCGAAGACUGGAUUUUCUGCUGUAAAAUGUAAAAAUUGGGAUCGUUUUGUAAGUGGUGAUUGUUCAGAUUCUGAGGCAGUUUUAAUGGGAGAACACGUAGAUAAAUCUGCCAAUGGAUCUUAUUUUCUUAGAACAAGAUCUGAGUCGCCUUAUGCAUAUAUGCCAGAAAUAACUAGUAAUGAUAUUUAAAUUUUAUUGAAAUUAUACUUUUUUGGAACGUUAGGGAAAAAAUAAUGAGAGUGAAUUUUUACGAUACGUGCGCAGAGCGAUACGAGAAAACAAUUUAAUUUUUAACGUAUUAAGAAGAAACGAUUCUUAUAAUUUUUUGAUAGUGAUGUCUAAUGAUUAAGAAAAGAAUCUACUAUGGUCUAUUAACUUUCAUCUAAACAAUUAAAGCUUGUCUCUUUGUUUUUUGCUUAACGCAUUAAAUACCACGCUGAUCUUUAUAGACCAACCUUAGACUUUUCAUCCAGUCCAUGUUGGUCACCAAUAGCCGAUAUUCCUAUGCUUUUUGGGACUGACAGAUUAUAGUAGCCUAAACAGAGAGUUUAACAAAAGAAGCUUGGUGUUUAACCCAUUGAUGGCCAACUACGAGAUAUCUCGUAGUAUGUGCUGCAAUUUUAGAUUAAUUACAAACGGUUAUUUGUUUUAAGAAUUAUU